CAUGCACCGCACCUGAAAACUACUAAGAGAGAGCAGUCAUAGGUGUCUAACUCAGUAACUAGGUGGAACGAGGAAGAAUGGGAGCCUGUCUCGGUAAAUCCAGCACUUCUCAUUCGAACUCAAGGCCCGGCAGACAUCCUAGUAAAAAGGAAAAGCCCUCUCCGCUCACUCUCACCCGAGACGAGUCGACCCAAGAGGGUACGGAUUUUCAACCCAGACAGAGAAAGAGCCAAGACCAGGUCGUCCCGCACUCGGUUCUCCUCUCCCUGACAUCAGUCCAACUCUACAACGACCCGUCUCCUCCUGAAUGUCCCUACUGUGGCAAACCCGGCAAUGAUAAAGCCGACAUGAUGAUCUGUAAGAGCGAGACUAUUCCUUACGACAUGUUUGAACUCCUAAUGGAGAGGGGCUGGUGGCGAACUGGUAAUAUAAUCUUUCGUCCGCAGCAAGAGAAUAUCUGCUGUCCGUCUUUUGCGAUACGUAGUCCGGUAAGUGAGUACAAACUAACGAAGAAUCAUCGUAGGGUUCUGAACCGUUGGAAGGAUUUCUUGAUAAAUGGGGACCCAAGAUGGGAGAAUAGGAUGAAAACUAGCAGUGCUGCUACAAAGACAGAGAUUGGCCUCAAUUCAUUGGAAGAGCCUAAUCACUCCACUUCCAAUUCUAUUAAUCGCGUAAUGCCCACUGGUGAUGGGCUUCAUCCCAAUGAUAGUACUACUCAUCUUCAGGCUCAUGCAAGUGAAGGUGCUUGUAAAAAGAAUAAAAUUGCAAAGAAAGUUCGGCCCGGAGUGGGGCCUGAUCCAAAUAAACCGCCUUGCAUUAAAGCCAAGGAAAGGAGGAGGAAGAAGAAGGAAGGGGAAGGAAACCCUGUUAAUAAUAAUGAUGAUAGUUCUAAUAAAAACAGAGGAGCUGCUAGUCACAAUAACCUCCCAUUACUAGAAAUAAUGAAAGCUCAUGAGGAGGAAAUAAGUUGUGGGAAUCCAAAACAUAAACUGGAAAUAAGAUUAGUGGCAAGUGAUGACAAAGAGAUGAAAGACUCCUUAGUUGACUUCUUCUCGCUUUACAAUCGCUUUCAAGACGGCGUCCAUCCUGGCAAAUCGAAAUUCAAAACUUCUGCAGAUCUACAUUGGGCGUUCAUAAACUCACCACUCCGUCCUUCCGAUAGAUCAAAGGGAGACAGGCCAAUGGGUACGUACCAUAUGAGAUAUUACCUUGACGGGGAAUUGAUCAUGCUUAGUGUGAUUGAUAUCUUACCCACUUACCUAGUAUCGAUAUACUUCAUUUAUGAUCCUGAUAUUCGGUUCCUUCAGCCUGGCAUAUACACCUGCUUGAGAGAGAUAGCUCUUAUACAAGAGCUACAGAGGGAGAGCCCAGAGUUGGUCUAUUACAAUCUUGGUUUCUACAAUGAUUUUAGUCAAAAGAUAAACUACAAGAGACAGUUUAAACCGACUGAGAUCCUCUGCCCCAUCACUAGUACAUACGUGCCCCUAGACACUGCCCUCCCUUUGCUACGAGAUGUAAGAUACUGUCGCUUGGCUGACAGAGAAGUACCGCAAAAACCAGAAAAAGAAGACCUUGAUGUCAACGAUGUUGUGGUCCUAGACGUCGUUACUAUGCAGGGACAAUACUUGAAGGAUAAUUCGAUAUUGAGGAUGAUGUACGGGCCGAUAGUCCAGCACUAUAUGUGGGGGGCUGGUAGAGAUAUAAUGACAAGAAUGCUCAUAUCUCGUUAGGAGUUUAUUGUUAUAAUUUGAAAGUUAUUUUUGUUCUCUUUGUGGUAUGGGUGACAUUUUAACGACUUGUUUGUAUUUAUAUAAUUUUUUAUUGUUUUUUUAAUGCUCUUUAAGAAAGUAUUACUAUAACACAAACAUAGUUUUAUUCCUAAUAAAACUUUUUAUU